AACAGGUUAAGGUUAAAGAUAACAAAACUAUAUAUACAUACGUACGUACGUAUUAUCACCGCUAAUUAUACUGAUAGAAAAUAACAAAAGUGGGAGAAGUGUAACAUCAUCGUUUCGGAAACGGAACUGGCUCAGAGCAGACCGUACAGCCAAGUUGUAGCUUGGCUACAAAAUCGUGUCGUGCAAGCCGUGGUUGCAUGCCACUUGCACCAGUCGGCCGCGAGAAAGGGACGGAACAAGUGCCAAGGGAACAUGGCGACGCGUUGGAACAUGCGACAGUGAUGCAGCCAACGUGCAACGAGAUCGUUUUCGUCGUGUGACCAGAAGAAAACCCGUGGCCGCGUACGCUAGAACACCUGCCUGGCCAAAUGACAUGGGAAUUUGUAAUCGAAGGCACUUUCUGCUGACAAUAUGCACCUUGCAACUUAUCACUACAGUAGAGCGCCAGGUCUUCGACUUUCUAGGCUUUAUGUGGGCCCCGAUACUGGUCAAUUUCUUCAACAUUAUAUUUGUGAUUUUAGGGUUUUUCGGGGCUUUUCAAUAUAGGCCUAAAUAUAUCAUAUCAUAUUGUAUAUGGAAUACACUAUGGUUAGGCUGGAAUAUAUUCAUGAUAUGUUUCUACCUUGACGUUGGUAUACUCGACAAAAACAGCGACAUCUUAAAUCUUGGUACUGGUAGCUUUUCUUGGUGGCAUGUCAACGGACCAGGUUGUAAAGCUAUUUAUGAUGUUACUGAACCAGAAUUAUUCAGACCUGCCCGACCUACAAAUGUAACAGAUUGUGUGUUAGAUUAUGAAGUAGUCGAAAUUUUACAUGCAUCUACUCAAUGCAUCUUGGGUUUUAUCGCAGUAGUGGGUGGUAUUUGUCUAAGUAAAGUUUUCCUGGAGGAAGAUGAUAGCUUUGACUUUGUGGGAGGUGAUGACUUUGGGUUGGCAGGCCACACGCCGUUGCAUCCUAUGUACGUUAGCUACUCGGCUCUUCCAUCACCUGCCCACCCUCACAAAAAUUCCGCUCAAAAUUACCCCGCAGGCACAGCUAGCUCUCAUCAAUCAAUUUGUCACGAUACCAGCUUCCCAAAGCAUAACGAUAAAACGUUUAACAGCUCCGGACGAAGUAAAUGUAGCUUCAGAAACGACACAAUCAGAACUGAACGAAGCAACCUGUCCAGUCGCGACUUAAAGCACGUCGAUUACUCGAACGACUAUUCGAAUCCGUUGGAUCAUUUGCAGAGGCCCGUGUCCCCGUACGAUGAGUACGAUUCGUUGGACAGUGCUGCUAAAUUGAAGUAUCAAAAGAACAAACUGUACUAUCCGCACUCGUCCAAGUACAGUCCCGUUGCAUCUCCGCGUGUCAAGUCUCGACCUGGUGUGGUAAGGCAGAAUAAAGCCUCCAACAAGCCUAGAGUCUUUACCGAUCAUGUUCGCGAGCAAUCGAUGAGGUCAUUUUACUCUGAUCCAAGAUUGGCAAUCGAGAAUCAGCAGAACGUGACUGACCAAGAUAAACAAAAUAAGUCCAAAAGAGAUAGUAGACCUUUGUCGUUAUAUGCCAGUAAUUUUUAGAUUGUUAAAAACUAGAGAAAUAUAUACAUAUAGGGAGGAUUUAUUUCUUUCUACCUUAAUCCAUUCGAGGUCGGGGCCUCAUUUGAAGAUGAUCUUGAGAAAGUUGAUACUAUUUUUAAAAUAUCUCGGCAGCAGUGAUUGUGAACUUACUGCUUAAUUUUAAACCAACAAUGAUUUUCAAAUUUUCACGCACUUUUUUCUAUAUUCUUUGACUCUUGUGUAAUAUUUAUUGACGUUUUUUUUAAAUUAUUCAUUCGCAUGCAGUUCUUUCCAAGAGGUAUUGCGUUACAGAUGAAUAGCGUAGGACGCAUACCGUGCGUCGUCGGCCUCGAAUCGAUUAAAACAGUAUAUGGACUGACGUUAAAUGUAUUUCGAUGCUAUUUUAUAGAGAAUUCGAAGGUGUAACGUAGAAUUCCUAUCCUUGCCAAAUAGAACGAUUAGAGAGUAGCUAGCUUAGGAUGCCUUCUUCGAUCGAUUUCUUCUUGUUAGUCUAGAAAGGAUAUCUCUUUCUCUCGUUUCUGAACCAACUUUUUUUUACCGUCACAGUUAAUAAUUCCUGCUACUGUCUUUAAAGUAUUUCGACUGAUAACUGAUAACGUGAAAUAGACAACGUGUGUUCAAUAGCAUCGAUCGCUUCUUCGUGUUCAUAUUAAUUCUUUUUUUUUUUUUUCUUUUUACGAAGAUUUUUAUUUACAUUUGCUCAUAGUUAUCUUCAUGUAUAACGAUUUAUGUUGGAUUAGAUAACAUGCAUUUUUAUAUUGAUAUACGCACUGUGAUACGUUUAGAACUAUGAAUCAUUGUUGUUUGAAAAUGUUUAUUCAAGCCUUUUAUCAUCGAACUUGUAACUUUAAUUAGCUGUGCUUCACAGGAGAAUGUUUUUCUUCUUUUUUUUUUUUUUUUUUUUUUUUUUUUUUUUUUUUUUUUUUGUUACGAUAUAAGAGACGAGAUGACGUUGCAUCUUAAAAGGAAUAAAAAAAAAAAAAGUACAGCAUGAGCGAAAAAAACGCCACGAUUGUAAACGUUCACGAAUGCGUAGGAUUGUUUUGUACUUUUUCUCCUUUUUCAUUCCCUUUCCUACGUCGAUGUGUUUUUGUUAUACGAAUGAUACUUAAUUAAGAAUUGCCCUGAUGACACAAAAUGGCCUAGCUUGCGAGAUAGCAUCUCUGAUAGAGAUCCUUAGACUGCAUUAGAAAUUUAGCUUAAUUGUAUCACGAUGGUGAAGAACUUGUGUUUAUUAAGGUGCUGCGAAACACUUUUUUUUUCGUUUUGAUGAAACUUUGUAUGAGUAUUUGGUAGUGCAUGCUAGUACUUGUUUACGGUUCUUAAGUUGGACAGAAUGUUUUAUUUGAUGUUCUCCCUCUUUAAACAACGAUAUGGUAGAUGUAAAGUGAUACGCGAAUUGAAAAUUGUACCACAUAUAUAUAUAUAUAUAUAUAUACACAUACGCAGACUUCUCUAUAGAUUUUCAUCAAAUUAAUAUCUUUGACAUUUCACGGAUCAAUUAUUAAUCAGUGAAUGUCUAAUGAUACGUCGAGGCUGAAAAACAAAAUCUGAAGUGACAAAGAAGCCUGUCCUUAUUAUAGACUGUGUAUCUUAUAGUUACACAGAACUAUAUUCUGCGAGUCGCAGAUCAAGGCUCGUUCGAAAAAUUCGAAGUGUCCAAUUCCAAACUAAACGUGAUGAGUAAAAAGACAUUCAAGAAACUGACAAGCUUGCGUUCCAGAUUCCAAAUUCCAAUCGAGUUGAGUUAAAAUUCGAAAGCUUUCAUAUUUCGAGAGCAGAGAAAUUCCAAAAAUCGUUUACUCACCAAGAGCUGUUCUCUUCAGACGGUGCACAAUUAUAAAUCAUGAAUGAGCACGGAGCAUAUCACUGUUUUCGAUGUUCUGACGAACGAUUGAUUUCUUUGCCUACGUUCAAGAUCGCGGUUUGCACGCAAUGAUCGAUCGACGAAUAAUAUUUGAUGCGAUCCGAUAGUAGACGACAAUUAUAAACGUGCACGUAAUGCUUGUGCAGGAAAAAAUACACUGAACUGAACGAUACAGCUACGUUUUGCAAUGAUUAAUUGAUGCUGAUAGUUAUGUAAUUUUCAGUUUUAAAUGUUCACGUAGAUAUCUGUGUAUACAUCUGUCUUAAACUAGUAUCACAGCCACAAGUGGGAUUGCUCGAUACUAAUAAUGAAUUUUUUUCCUCAUCACGUCUGAUUGGACUUAUAUCUUGGCCUUGUUCACGGCUCGCGAUACUGCCUGCGCGUUACUUAAGAUGUAUUACCUUUUAAGUUUUAAUUCUUAUCGGAUGACUUACCAUCACCGACUUACUUAUUCGCACAAUUACAUUAAUUAUGUUUUAUAUAUCUUAAAUCGGGUAUACUCGAUUUAUUGAAUCUUGCAAAUAAAUUGCUCACUAAAUAUAUAUUGUACAUACUUAUACACGUAUAUACAGGAUGGAGUUUGGCGUUCAAACUUUGUUAGUAUGUCGUGGAGGUAAAAGUAAGAUUGAAGUGUUACGUAGCGAAAGGUCCAUAAAUGUUUUAUGAGAAAAAUAUGAAAUCUGCUAUUUCUCGUCGUUUAAUACAGAAUGAGACUGUAACGUUCAUGUCCAUGGUAUUGAUAUGAGGUACGUUUAUUAUCUUUGUACGUGAUUCUAUUAUUAUACUGUUGAAGAGAUCUACUUGUGCUCGUGUUUGAAAGUAAAAGUUUAGGAUACAAAAAUAUCUAUACAAAUUGGAAGCACCACAAGUGCCAAAUAUUAAAUUUUAUAGCCCAAAUUGUACACAUUAUAUACUUUUGUAAUACAUUCUACUUGAAAAUUAAGGGAUCCUCAUAAAAAAUAUAUAUUUUUGAUUCUCUAGGAAGGAGUAAUUCAAGGAACAAAUGAGAAUGGCACUUUCAGUGUGUCUAAAAAUUUAAAUAAAUAACAGAUUGAGCUUUCUUUGUAACAGAAGAGGUGUAUUUUCUUUUUUAUGAAUGUUGACUACAUCGACACAUCCAAUUAAUCAUUUAUCAAUGUAUCACGAUGAAAUUUGAUCUGCAGUCAAUUCAACUGCAUACUGAUAUCAACUUUUGAUUGAUGAAACUUUGAAAUGCACACACACAUAAGUAUAACUUGAAAUGUUAUAUUUUUAUUGCAACUUCUUAAUGAAACAUUCAUGGACUUUUUACUGCAUGUCACUUUUAUCUUAUUUUUAUCUAUAGAACACACUGAUCGAUAAAGUUUGAAACAUCAAGCCUGUGGACAUUCUAUACUCUUAUAUAUUUUACUUAAUUUAUUUAUAUAAGACUAGUGAGAGAGAGAAACGUUUUCACUUCAUCAGAGAAUUUAUAGUCGAACUAUAAACGUCGUAUUGUACAUUUAAUAUUAACGGGUCACUUCAGAUUCAAUAUUGAAACGUUUGUUCUCUAGUACAAUCGAGGAUUCUUUUGUUUUCUUUUUCCCCUCCCCCCUUCUUUUGUCGAAGCUUGUACAAGUAGUAUCGUUACAGUAGUGUCGUUGUGUACUUGAUUAAGAUCGUAGAUCUUAGUUUUAUAAUUUAUUUUACUGUAUUAUAUAUUACCUUUGGUGCAAGUUCAUUGGCGACAAUAAACGUGCAAUGCCUA